AUGGCAGAGGAUUUGCCAGACGAAUUUGAUGUCAUAGUUAUUGGGACAGAUUCUAGAAACCCAUACUACAGUGGGCAAUGGGCAUCAUUCAGCCUGAAGUCAAUCGAAGAAUGGGUUCAGACUGCUCAGACCCCUGAAGACAGAACUGGUCUUCCAGAUGUUAAGGUUGAGGGACAGUUGAUAAAUCUGCAUUUAACAGACAACAGCUACAGUAAACACAAACUUCAGUUUCAUAUUAGUGACCCAAAACAAGAAACUGAACCCAAGAAAGAACCAGAUGAAGAUAUUGCUGAUAAAUUGCAAGAAGAUGUGAUCCUCUCAGAUGAAGAUAAUGAGGACAAAACAAAUUACAGUGAUCAGAGUAAUUCUAGUCAAGUGGUACUACCAGAUUCAGACCCUGGUAAUAGUGAUGUGGUAGCCACAGCCAUUAUGGCACCAUGUGACUCAGGUGAUAUGAUGACAGCAGUAGUUACUGAAUCUACUGAAGAAGCCAGUAAGGAAACGAUAGAUAAAGGAAAUCUCCCAGAGGAAGGAAAAGGUCUCCUUCAGAUCAGCCAUAGUACAGAAGAAAAACAGGACAGUCACAUUCAGGAGGGAGAGACAAGCAAGGAAUUAACUUCUACUUCAAAUAUUGAAACAGAAAAACUUGACAGUCAAAUUCCAGAGGAAGAGACAGACAAAGAAUUAGCUUCGACUUCAAAUACAGACUCAGAGAACAAGAACCUGACAAAUGUGUCCAAUCAACAACCCUUGCUGUGGACAGAAUCAAGAUUAAGAAAGGAGUGGAGAAAAUUUAAUCUAGAUUUGUCACCCAAGCUCCUGUAUUGUGGGGGGAGUAUGGUUGAGUUACUCAUUACAUCAGACAUUGCCAAGUACUGUGAGUUUAAAACAGUUUCCAGGAUUCUCACAUUGAUUGAUGGAAAAUUAAGAAAGGUACCGUGCUCUCGAGCUGAUGUUUUCAGCAGUAAGGACGUAUCGAUGAUAGAGAAGAGAAUGAUGAUGAAGUUCCUGACUUUCUGUGUGGACCACGAAAAACAUCAGGAGGAGUAUAGAGAUUUCAUUGAGAAACCAUUCAAGGAAUAUCUAGAACACCAAAAACUUUCAAAGAAUGUGAUCCAUUUCAUUCAGCAUGCCAUAUCAAUGACAAGUAACUCAACACUUACUCCUGAGGGUCUGAAAAGGACGCAGAAAUUUUUACAUUCUCUUGGUCGCUAUGGGAAUACAGCAUUUCUGUGGCCAAUGUAUGGAAGUGGUGAGAUGCCCCAGAGUUUUUGUAGGAUGUGUGCUGUGUUUGGAGGUGUAUAUUGUCUGCGGACCCCAGCUGCCUCCGUCGUCAUCAACACUGAUAACUUUUGUACUGGUGUCGUCAUGACUACAGGGAAACACAUCAGAUGCAAGCGCCUAGUGAUGGAGAACUCGUAUGCUCCAGACUCAUUCAUUGACAGUGUCUCAAACAGAUUUGUAAAUCGGGGCAUUUUGGUCACUGACAAGACUAUGAUGCCUGCAGAUGAUCAACAUCAGUUGUCCUUGUUGCGGGUUCCAGAAAAAGUUGGAGAACAUCCCACCACCAUUCUGGAGUUACCUGCAUCAGCCAUGGCUUGUCCAGAGGGACUAUAUGUAGUUCACUUGACAAAGGAGUCUGAGGAUGAUAAGAAAUCACCAGAGGAGAGUCUUCAAGCUGAUGUCACAAAGCUCUUCCAGGAAGAUUCCUCAGAAGAUGACAAACCUCGGAUAAUUUGGUCAUUGUAUUAUCAACAGAAGAUAAACACUGGAGAUCAGUGUAGUGGUACACCGAGUAAUGUGAGGGUGGUACCAGGUCCGGGGCCAGAAAUAGACAUUGACCAGGCCGUCAACAUCGCAAGGGGGAUAUUUGAAGAAGCGAUGCCUGGAGAGGACUUUCUUCCUCGACCUCCAAACCCAGAAGACAUCAUAUUUGUGGAUGAAGAGGAAACUCAAGUUACACAGGAAGCUGAUAAAACAGAAUUUAACGCAACCUCACAGAACUCUGACAAUAAUGCGGCAGAGACAGACAGCUCUGAAGUGAGCCCUGGUGAGAAAGAAUUAGCUGAAACAGUGGGUAGUGGUUCUGAAGGAAAUAUGAGGCUGAAAGAAUCAGGCACAGAGAACAAGAGUGAGGAAAAGACACAGAAAGACUGUACAACUGAAGAUAAAACUGAGCCAGCCAAUCUUUGAAGAAUUUUCUACUUGUAUAUCAAUGGUUCAUUUCAUGAUUUACAGUGUCAUUGUGUAUUUAUCAAAAUGUUUUACCACUCUGUACAAUUAUAUUGUAAUCAUGCAGCAAUUGAAUUUAAAAAAUUAGUCAAAAAAGUCAUUUGCCAUCAUAUUAAAUUUACAGCUAAGAUUUAUGUUCUAGCAUUACAUGUUAAAACAUUCAUUUUUUUCCCCCAAAUGGUCAGUACCUUUGGAUAAAUUUGAAUUUAUUACUUGAGGAGGUCAACAUCAGUGUGACAUAUGCAUGUUUUUAAUGCUUUUUUUUCUCUUUUCAGAGUUGAUAGGAUGUGUGUUUUUGUUUUUUUCUUGUUUUUGUUAGUACAAGUACUGGUAUGCAAGAUUCCUUUCAGUCAGUGAUUGAUGUGUGCUUAGUAUCAAUAUGUGCAAUAAAAAUGAUAUUUAUAUAUUUCAACACUCUAUGUAAUAGAUAAUAUUGUAACUAUCCUAUUUUACACUUACCAGAUUAACAUUUAUAUGGGUUAAUUUUUAUACCCAUUUUAUUUUAUUCCUUUCAUCCUAGCUGCAGAAAUGUAGCUCUCUGCUUGUGAAAAUUUGGACAAAUAAAGCAGAGAGCUAUAGAUCCAAGCAUUGUGUUUAAAACCCUACAAUUUAAGCCGCCACCUUUUUAUUACUCACUUCAAGUGUUAUUUUUUGUAGAUUAUGAUUUCUCCACUUUUAGAAUGGUAUCUGAUAAUUUGUUGUAUAUUUUACUCCUAUUAUUGAUAUACUUGUAUGUAGUUUAUUUACUAUGUUUACCUUUCAAUAGUCUGAAACAAUCUUUUAUGGGUGUUGAAUGUCUGUUGAAAAGAUUUCCAUUUUGAUGCCUGUUUCAACAAACAGCCUUUUGGAAUGGUUGAAAGGGAAAUAAAAUCUCAGGAAUAGGAGUUAAAAGUAUGGUUAAUUAUAGGAUACCAAUUUUAAAGCCAAGGAGAGCAUAAAAUACAAGAACUAAUACCCAAAGUAAAGAACAAAAAAGCGGCAGCAUAAAACGAAGAUUUUUACGCUUCAAUCUGUAGCUCUCGGCUUUCAUCAUUGUCAAAAUUUACAGUUCUGCAGUCACUUUCCUCCUUAUUGAAAGUGGAUGAAAUAUGAUGCAUAUUCAGAGAAACAGCAUUAUAUCUAUCAAAGAAUUAAAGGAUUGAAUUGAGUGGAAUUGUGAAGAAGUAAAAAAAAAAAUCCUAUGCACGGUCACCCUAUAUAUAAAGUAAGCCAAAGCAUCUGACAUUCUCUACAAUUCCAAGUUAGAGAUACACAUACAGAUGAGAUCUCUCACUAAAUGAUUCAUGUAUAAAAACAUGGAUUAAAAAAUCAUUAACUGUAAAACAUUCAUUUAUCCAAAGCCAGUUUAGCUACUGAUGAAUUAUGUUGUAUAAGGAUUGUAAGCAGUCACCAUUUGAUUUGUAUCUUUGCUAAUCUAACUUAUUUUCUCAGAACAGUUAUUCCCCUUUACUGAUCCUGCUGUAAACACUGCCUCAAAGUCAUCUAAAGACUCCUUAAUAAACUGAUAAUUAAAACAGCUUA